AUGUAUCCCCAACCUAUCGCCUAUAAACCUGGUCAGGCUGUAUCUUCGGAAACUGCCUUUAUGACUCAAAUAAUGGCUAGCUCUAUACUGGACAACGACGGUAUAUCUCUUCUCAAAAAAAUUAACGAUAUUCUUUCAAUCAAAGCUCCUGAAGUCGUUGGGCUCUUGGACCAAUUCUUAGGUAAGUUGCCCUUGUUCAUUAAUAAUGUUGUCGAAAGCGAUAAAAAGGAAAGAUCCAUAGUCCUGUAUGGUGUACCUGAGGCUGAACGUGGCCUAUCUCCGUCUUUGCGUCAAGCUCAUAGGUCAUAUCCAGCACCUCGACAUAGAAACCCGGCCUGUCGAAGUCUACAGGAUGGAUUUCUUUUCGAAACUCUAUCUAAGGCGCACAGAUUACGGGCCAUGGAACCUUAUGAGGGCAUCUUUAUACGCAAAUCGAUGUCCACAGAUGAGCGUAAAAGGACCGCGACCUACGGAUCAAUGCGCAAAGGUGUCUUUGAUUACUGUUCGCUGAGCUCAGAUGUUUUAUGUCUAGAUCUCUAUUUGCCUUGCUCUCUUAAGCACAGAUUGAUCUUAGUUUAUCGCCCUCCCCGUUCAUCCACGUCACAAGAUGAAGAAUUGAUUCAAAUCAUACAAGAUCUCGUGUCAACGACAACUUUCAACUCGACUGUUCUUGGUGACCUGAACCUUAAUAUAAAUUGGGAAUCUCAUUUGUCGGCUCCUAUGCCCAGGAAGGAGGUGUUUUUCAGAAGAGAUUUCAAAAACGCGGAUAAUGACAAAAUUGUUCAUGCUCUUACUAGUAUCGACUGGUGGAGUGUCUUUAACUCUUAUGUUGACAUUGAUGAUGUUUAUUCCCGGUUUAUUGCCAUCCUUCACGAAAUCAUCGAUCGCCAUGUACCCCUCGAACAGUUUGAGAGACACUCCUCCAGUAGGUAUCCAAAACAUGUUCUGAACCUUUUUAACAACGUGAUAGGCUUCUUUCAUACACUUGUAGAGCCUUCUAAAAGCCCGUUGUUUAGAAAAGUAACAAAAGAACUGGAAUUUCAUAUAAAGCGCUUCCUAACUUACAAGGUUAAGAAAAUGGCAGCAUGUAAACAUAUGAAAAGGCUUUAUGAAUACAUAAAUAAGGUGAAAAAAUCGCCUAACUUGCACAAGGUCCUUGAGGACUCGGAAGGCAUCAAGUAUACCACAGAUAGUGCCAAGGCAGAGGCGUUAGCGGAUUACUUUGCAAGU